AGGAAGGAGCAAUCGGGCACACGACUCUCCUGUGCCACCUUUCCUUCUCUGUCCACACCACUCUCAUCCCUGAAGCAUCCGUCCGAUUCUUUCUGAUCAGCAGUUUAGCGGGCACGAGUAUUUUCUUUCUGUUGCUGAAGACCUACGAGCUGUGAGUUGCCUAUUCCUCUAACGCACUCACACACACCAACGACAAGCUUGUCGCUCUCCACUAACUUCAAACAACGCCUUUUUCUAAGACUAUUUAGCUGCUCUAAAUUCUUUCUGUUGUGAGUUUGAUUUGUUGGUGUUUCUUUCUUUCUUUCGUUGCCGAUUUGCGUAUUGUAUAUACUCUUCUCUCUGUUUCGGCUACAUAGGUUUUCUUCUUCUUGCGUGUGUCCAUUGAUCAGGCUACACUGACGAGUACCUCGUUUGUGACGCCCUGCCUGAAUGGUGUGCGUGGGCGACUUGCUCUUUCAAACGUGAGACGAAUAAGGCUUUGUAGAAUCUGCGUGGGUUUCUCUAUGAGAGCCGCUUUCAGCUGGUAGUCUGCCAGUAUUUCCGCGAUAAUCAAAGGAAGCAGCGUGUGUCGCCUUCCAUUUUGUUGGGCGAUUUUCGAGGACCGCACUCGCUAGGAAGAGGCAGCAGCGCAUACGCACGUGCACGCACACCGAUUUACAAGAAUAAACUUUGUGCCGGGAAGAAACACGGAAAACAACAACGAAAAAAAUGUCUAUUUCUGUGUCGCUUAGCUUCGACCAUGCCAAGGUCGGGAUGCGUGUGCAGGACUACUGGGGCCGCACCGGCACCAUUCGCUGGAGCGGCAAGCUGGAGAAGAAGGAUAAUCCGCCGAACAAGGAGACGGGCAAGCACUUUGGCGUCGAGUACGAUGAGGAGAGCGAGAACCCCCUCCGCAGCGACGGCACGUGGGGCAGCCGCCGGUACUUCACGUGCGAGCCCAAAAAAGGCUGCCUCGUCAAGCCAGGUGAGAUCUACCCGGAGAUAAACGACGAGCGGGUGACGAUGCUGCGGGAGCGCUUUGGCGAGCGGGUGGCGUCGUGGCACGACUUUGAACUCGUGAAGUUCUGCAUCGCUCGUCGCUUUGAGAUGGACAAGGUGUACGAGAUGCUUGAGAAGCACCUGCACUGGCGCGAGGUCUUCCAGCCCUCGGCGGAGGAGUACUUCCCGCAGACGAUCAAGGACGACUACCCGUGCGGCUACACGGGCACCACCGACUACGACGAGAAUCUGAUCUACUGCGAGCGUCCGAGUAACGCCGGUCACUGCCACCCAUCGGAGUUUGUACGCAAGUACACGCUGCCGGUGAUCGGGCGCUGGCACGCGUGCGGGAUGGAGAUGGGCAAGCUGCGCAUGCGUGCCACCGACUACCACUGCAAGCGUGUGUGCUACGUUGUAGACCUGCUGAACGUGAAGGCCAUGACGCGGCCGAUGAUCGGCUUCGCACAAACGCUGGCGACGGUGGAGCAGGACAACUACCCCGAGAACCUCGGCCGCGUGUUCAUCGUGAACUGCCCCGCCUUCUUCCGCUUCGCCUGGAAACUUGUGAAGAUCUUCAUUGACGAGCGAACGAAUAAAAAGAUCAACUUCUGCGCACAGGGCAAUGCGGUGGAGGCGAUGAAGAAGGUGAUGCCAGAGUCGGAGAUCCCAAACUUCUGCGGUGGCACGAGCAACAAGUGGAUGGAGACGGCGGGCGGCAUUAUCGGCUCGACGGAUCCGGCGAACGCCUGGCGCGGCGCGGGCUACAGCCUACCGAACAUGACGGAUGAGGAGCUGAAGGAGAUGCAGGUGAAGCUAGCGGACGAGAACGAGAGCCCCAUCGAGAGUUUCCGCGAGGGCGAGACACCGACCGCGACGCGCUCCGUUGGGUCCGAUUUCGGAUCAAACGCCGCGGCCUCUACCACGAAUGGCAGCCCCAACGUGAAUGAGCCGCGGAUGAGGAAGGAUGGCGCGUACGGCCCGAGCGAUACUAAUGGGAAGGCGUCGCCGAACGAAGCCUCCCGCUGA